UUCCGGCUGUUCAUUUGGGCAUGGCAGGCGUCUUCUGGAAGACUCUUCCGAGCGUUUUCUUCAAACUGCCGGUAGCGGCCCACGGCGCCAGGAGUGGAGUUCGAGGCGGGAGCCAUGGCCACCUCGGGUCUGGAGAAGCUUGGAGUGGCUGGCGGGGAGGACCUCAGGGAGACUCUCACCAACUGCACGGACCCGCUCAAGGCCAUCGAACAGUUCCAGCUGGAGAACGGCGUGCUCCUGCCCUCGCUGCAGUCGGCGCUGCCCUUCCUGGACCUGCACGCGAUCCCGCGCCUCGACUUCCACCAGUCGGUGUUCGACGAGCUGCGUGACAAACUCCUCGAAAGGGUGGCGGUCAUUGCCACCGAGGGCCCGCCACUCAGCCGGAACACGAAGCUGGAGGAGCUUCUGGAGAAGAGCUUUGCCCUCGUGCGCAUGCCGUCUGUGCAGCCCGUCGUCAUGUGCCUGCUCAAACACAUUCCCAAGGUCCCCGAGCGCUACCUGAAGCAGGUGACGAGCGACCCGGCGCUGUACGCGGCUUGCGCCACUGAGGUGAAGCGGCAGAUCUGGCAGGAGAACCAGGCGCUGUUCGGGGACGAGGCAUCCCCGCUGUUCAAGCAGUACCUGGCGGAGAGAGAGACGGCCCUGUUGGGCCCCGAGCUGUCGGCCGUGCACACCUUCUACAGCUCCUCCCCGAAGGCGCGCCGCCACGGGCAGGUGGUACAGAAGCUGACGGGCAUGAUCGGGCGCAACGUGAAGCUGUACGACAUGGUGCUGCAGUUCCUGCGUACGCUUUUCCUGCGCACGCGCAACCCGCAUUACUGCACGCUCCGCGCGGAGCUGCUCAUGGCCUUGCACGACCUGGAGGCCACCGACAUCUGCUCUGUCGACCCCUGCCACAAGUUCACGUGGUGCCUGGACGCGUGCAUCCGCGAGCGUUUCGUGGACGUAAAGCGGGCGCGGGAGCUGCAGGGAUUCCUGGACGGCAUCAAGCGGGGCCAGGAGCAGGUGCUGGGGGACCUCUCCAUGAUCCUGUGUGAUCCGUUCGCUAUCAACACUCUGGCCAUGAGCACCAUGAAGACCCUGCAGGAGCUCGUGAGCCAUGAGAGCUUGCCCAGGGACAGUCCGGACUUGCAGCUGCUCUUGCGGAUGCUGGCGCUGGGCCUGGGUGCGUGGGACAUGAUCGACAGCCAGGCCUUCAGGGAGCCCAAGUUGGAUGUGGAGGUGGCGACGCGCUUCCUGCCGGCGCUCAUGACCCUGCUGGUGGACGACCUGACCUUUGGGGUGGACGCUCGCUUGCCGGCAGAAGGAGGGACCCCCCCGAUGUACCCCUCCGGCCUGCCCCCCGCCUUCACCAAGUGGGUGCAGGAGCACCCGGUAGCUUGUGAGAUGGGGCUCUACUACGUACUGCACGUGACGCGGCAGAGGAACAAGAACGCGAUCGCGCGCGUGCUCCCCGCACUCGCGGAAUUCCACCGGGACGCCGGCUACAGCGAUUGGUUCCUGCACCUCUUCCUGUCUCAGCUGACCCUGCUGGCCGAUGAGCUGGGGUCCGAGGGCCUGUGCGGCGCGCUGUUCGACAGCUUCCUGCUCCCCGCGCUCUCCCGAGAGAACGUGCACAGGCACACGCUGCGGCUGGUGCUGCACGUGCAUUCGAAGCUGCUGCCUGCGCGGCUCGCCACGCUACGCACCGCCCUGGAGCCCAACAAGCAGAGUGGCGAUGUUGUGAAGGAGCUUCACACGGCGUUCCUGGCCAAGGGGGACUCGCGUCUGCCCGGCACCGCCGCCGCCGCCGCCACGGCGCCGGUCUCUGCCACUGGCGUGGCACUCACCCCGGGCCUCACGCCCGUGCUGGCGCUCACGCAGCCAGUCGCAAUCAGCACCGCCACGACCGCGGCCACUACCGCCGCCACUGCCGCCGCCACUGCCGCCGCCACUUCCGUCGGCACUGCCGCCGGCACUGUCGCUGGCACCGUCGCCGCCACUUCUGCCGGCACCGUCCCCGGCACUGCCGUCGGCACCGUCCCCGGCACUGUCGCCGGCACCGUCCCCGGCACCGUCGCCGGCACCGUCGCCGGCACCGUCGCCGGCGGCGGAGCAAGUGCAGGAGGAGCCGGAGGAGGAGAGUCUCCUCGGGUUAGCGUCGCGGCUACGGUGACGCCACCGCCGUGAGCGAGUUGGGUGGCGAUUGUCGGCAGAGAGAAUCACACGUGUGUGUGUGUGUGCAUGCGUGCGCUUAUGUACGCGCAUCGCCCAGGGGUGGUGAUGGGUGUAAUGCACGAAGGUAGCUACGAAUGCGAUGCCUUACAUGCGUUACGCACGCGUUACCUCACGCGUACACGUUGCACACACGUGUUACGCACGUUACACACAUACAUGCGUGAUACACUAGAUUAGCGUUACCUACGUACGCGUUACGUUACACACACGCGUGUUAUACAUGUUACGUUGCACCCGUUUUACAGACGCGUUAUACACACACGCACUAUAUACACGCGCGCGCGCAAGACGUACACGCACCGCUUGAGUACACCGCCAUUGGUGCAAUGCCCCCUCGUGCUAUUGCACCCGCGUUCACCACGGUUUUACUGCCUUUGAUUGUGCCGUGCCCGCUGCGUCCGUUCACCCUGGGGUUCAGAACGCCAAGCCCGGUGAAGCCACCCACCCACACGCCCACACUGCGCACGCCGGCCGUGAGUGCCACCUAACGACCCAAUGCAACUCUGUGGCAGCUACGGUUAUCGUGUCCUCAGGGGUCGUGUUGCCCCUGCAGUAGAUCCGUUGUCCGUUAUUUCCAGCGUGUAAGGUCAUUUAUAUUUUUCUAAUGUCAAUAUAGAAAGCAAUUCCACAACGCGCAAUCCAGCGCUGCAGCGGUCACCGUAGGCAACACGUGGGACCGAGCUGGGGCUUGCGUGGAGACGCGCGAGGCAGCGUCGCCGCGGGGUUGUCCUCACUACGCAGUUUCUGGAGCUUCGGGAAAGUGCGAGUUUUUGUUUUUUUUAAAGGUCGUGGUAAAACUCGUCCGUGAUAAGCGGGCCGCCGCGAUAUACCCCCCCCCCUCCCCCGUACGGGGAUGCCCCUGCCCGGAGAUACCCCUGCCCCGGGUGGAUAGAGGCUACGAGCCGAAAGCAGCGGUGAGAUUUGGGUCACAAUAAAACUCUCGUCAUUUCUA